UUGAUAUGCAGAAUGGAGGUAUUACCUCCAUAACAUGCACGGGUAAAUAUUUGAGUGCCGAUAGUUAGGUAACAUUUACGAUACUCUGACACAACUGAUUUCCUUCAGCAGAAUAACAGAUUUGAAAAAUAUGCAGAUUGAUUUAGGUCAACUGUGGUUUCUGUAUCCAAGUGCUUGCGUCUUGUAUCGACUACAACAAGGGAAACUAUUUUUGUUAGUUUCCUUCGUCCAUACAACCGAGUCAAAUACCCUCACAUGCGUCCGGAGCAUUUUCCGUCCCAAUCUGCUUCUGCCGAGUGGAUCAAUAGACUUACAUCUCGACAUUACAAUUCGUAGCAAGUAUAUGAGCUAUUUGACUUGAGUGCAUCUCUGCAAUGUAGCACAAAGGUUAUUAUUCGAAAGAAGGAUAUCGACGAUAACAACAUAUUUUCAUGAGGAAAUUGUAGUUAAGUAUAAAUGAAAGCGUAAAAUGCAUAUCAUACGUAAAGUUUUGAGAUGCUUUCAUUGAAUUAUUGUAUAAUGUUCAUUUCCCUUUUUAGAUAUCAACAUGUAUUAUUACUUACAUGCAAUAUUCAUCCAUAGAUUGACUGUUUUAAGACAACACACACACACACACACACACACACACACACACACACACACACACUUAAUAUUAAAAUGACUUAUUACAGUACUAUAAGAUAAAUUCACUGUUCAGAUAUCGUGGGAGUGUUGUAAGGUAAUGAUAAUUAUUGUCCAAACAGGCAACUCAAGGUCAACACUAGUAGCGUCUCUUGUUGCCUUGGCAACGGUGUAGUGGUGCCACCUGCGCAGUCUCUUGUGAAAUAAAUAUGUUUGUUUUUUAGAGCUUGUAAUUGAAACAAUAUCUAUAGAAAGCAUGAUGAUAUACUCUGAAAUUACUUUCUAGUAUCCAAAGCGAAUGUUAAGCUUAAAUAUUAAACAAAAAGUAGGUCAAACUAGGACGUAAGACUACCGAGGCCAUUCAGUGUAUGGUCAACAUUGGUGGGUGGCACACUGAAGUCCUUGGCACACCCGCUCGGUGACGCCGCCGUCUUCAGUUCUUUUCACUGGUUACGUGUCAUGUCAUUGUGAUUCGUGACCACCGUCAGGUUGGUGAACUCUGCCGCCAUAACAACACUGUCUGGAAGGGUGGAGGUUGCCACGGCCCAGAGACGUAAUGGACGACCGUACGGUAGAUAAGAUCUUCUCUGGCAGCCUGGAGACCCUGCCGCCAGUCAGCUCCAAGGUGUGCCGCAUCUUUACUUCAUCCACAUUCACAGACAUGCUGAUGGAGAGGAACACCCUGAUGGCAGAGGUGUACCCCCGGCUGAAGGAGUUUUGCAGGGAGAAACAUGGUCUAGAAUUUCAGGUGGUGGACAUGAGAUGGGGCGUGAGGGACGAGGCAACGGACGACCACAUGACAACUGAACUUUGCAUGAGGGAGAUUGACAACUGCCAAAGACUGUCCAUGGGCCCCAACUUUGUGUUUUUCGGAGGGCAGAAGUAUGGUUACAGACCCAUCCCGUCAGUGAUCUUGGGGUCGGAGUUGCUCAUGCUGCGGGAGGCUCGCAUCAACAUGGGCGUGGACACUAUCCUCAUCGACACCUGGUACAAGAAAGACUCCAAUGCUGUCCCUUUCGUCUAUAUUUUACAGCCCAUUUCUUCUAUUCUCGUCAACUUUAACAACAAGCGUGUGCCGAAGUUGCAAGCUCAGGACCAAGCGACGUGGUGGGAUACGCUGGUCAAAAUGCAGAAGCUCCUGAGGAAGGCGGCACAAGCAUGCUACAAUACACACAAGAUGGACAAGGAGGCCAUGCACAACUAUUUCAUGUCCGUCACAGAGCGUGAGGUCAUCAAGGGCAUCCUCGCGGUAAAAAACACUAAGAAUCACUCCCUUGCCCUCGUCCGCUACAUAAACAACAUCAAUCUGCAGAACCUUCGUCGAGCUGCGAACUUCAUCGAUAUUGUUAACAGACAGAUCGACGGGGAGGCCAUGAAACUGCUCUCCGAUCUCAGGGACGUGAGAUUACCUGCAAGGAUUGAAAGUACUAAUUAUCACAGAUACACGGUGGAGUGGAUAGGGCGUGAGGGCCUGGCCAAAGAGACGCAUGGGGAGUAUCUACAGCAGUUCUGUACCGAUUUCUACAAGGGCAUGACCAAACUGAUUGACCGCGCCAUGAGGAAGGAGGACUCGUCAGCUCAAGGCCAAAUCAUAACCGAGAUCCUCCAACACCUUCACGCCUGCAAGAACUCGGUUACGGUGUUCUAUGGGCGAGAAGAGGAGGUCAAGAAGGUGGAGGACUACAUCAAGGGCCCCUCGGUGAACCCUCUGCUGCUGCACGGGGCGGGCGGCUGUGGAAAGACCUCUCUCCUUGCCAAGUGUGCUUCCAGCUGCGUGGAGUGGCUGUCACACACCAAGCCUAUCCUGGUGAUACGGUUCGUGGGCACCUCCCCAGAGUCCACGGCCCUCACGCCCCUGCUCACUUCCAUCUGUCACCAGAUAUCUUAUAACUAUAUGCUGCCUUUCGAGGACAUCCCUGACGACCUGGUUCCUCUCACCGCACACCUGAAGGAGCUCCUGAACUGCGCCACGUCACAAAUGCCGUUGCUUAUUUUUCUGGAUAGUGUGGACCAAGUGACAGGGGCGACGGAUGCCAACAGGAUGUCUUGGAUACCCACUCGCCUUCCGCCCAAUGUGAAGAUCGUGGUAUCGUGCGUAUCAGAGGAGGGGGACCCGGAGCUCUCUAAGGACUACAUCUUGCUGAGGCGGAUGAUUGACAACGUGGACAACUUUCUUGAGGUUACAGCACUAGGCGAGGACCUCGCCAUGGACAUUAUCAAGAAGUGGAUGCACACAGCCAAAAGGGAUCUCAAUAACUACCAGUGGCGUGUAGUAAGCAAUGCUAUCUCUCGCUGUUCGCUGCCCAUUUUCGUCAAGUUAGUCUUCGCUGAAAUUUGCCGGUGGAAGAGCUACAGCAAGCCUCAGGACACCUAUCUCGCCUCGAACGUCAUGGACUCCAUCAUGAUGCUCUUCUCCAAGGUGGAAGUCAAGCAUGGUCGCCUGCUGGUGUCACACGCCCUUGCCUACAUCACCGCCAGUAAGAACGGUCUCUCUGAGUCUGAGUUGGAGGAUCUUAUCUCCCUCGACGACAAGGUGUUAGAUGACGUGUACCAGUACCACAUGCCUCCAGUGAGGCGCAUCCCGCCCCUCCUCUGGACCAGGAUCAGGAACGACCUUCCCAACUACCUGUCAGAUUGCGAGGCUGAUGGGGUGUCCGUGCUGAAUUGGUAUCACAGACAAUUCAACGAAGCUGCACGAAAGCGAUACUUCACCAACCAGAAUCAGGCCAUGUACUUCUACUCGAUGAUCGCUGACUAUUUCCUGGGUAUGUGGGGCGGAGGAGUGCCCAAGCCCUUCAAGUACACUGAAAUCCAGCGACACAGGUUCAAUCUCAAGAGCAAGGAGGGCUUAGCGGACAGGAAGGUGCCUGCUCAACCCCUCGUGUACUACAACAAGGAGGGCAAGAUUACCCGCUACAAUCUUAGGAAGUUUGGAGAGUUGCCUUUCCACCUGGUGCGUGCGCGGCGCUUUGAGGACCUGUACACACACGUGCUCUUCAACUACCAGUGGCUGCACGCAAAACUGAGCUCGUGUCCGCUGCAGGCUGUGCUCUCGGAUUUCGAGGACGCGUCAGCACACAUCGAUGAUCGAGAUCAAAUCAGGGAACUGAUGCUGGUGGCAGACGCGUUAAGACUGGGCGGCGCCAUUCUCUCUCAGUACCCGGAUAUGUUGGCGCCCCAGCUGAUUGGCCGCCUUCUGCCGGAGAUGGAUGCCAACCCGCAUGUCAAAAGUUUACUGGGACAGUGCGACGCAGAGGGCAUCGAGCACUGCGGGCUGGUGCCCUCCUACCAUUGCAGCCACACGCCGGGCGGUCCCCUCAAGUAUUCGCUGGAGGGCCACCAGUUUGCGGUGUUUGGUUUCCGGUUGACCCAAGACUUACGUUAUAUCGUGAGUGUAUCUAAUAAAUUCAUCACAUGGGACCUCUCCACCUCUGACCUAACCCGCGAGGUCAUCCCAGGCAUCGAGGGUAUCAUGCAGGACCUGGUGCUUUCCCCCGACAACAAAUAUUCCAUCGCCCACACUAAUAACAGUCAGACAGUGCUGCUCAAUAUGCUCACUAGCGAGUUUUUCCUGCUGGAGAACCCAAUGCCGGGCGAAAAAGUGAUAGGAACGCUACUGUCAGACACAUGUGCCCUCAUCCACGGCGAGAAAUCCUGGGUUCUAUAUACUCUACGAGGCGAGGAGCGAGAGCGAGUCUCUUCACCAGUGGACAAGCCCAUCCUCUUCAUGGAUUUCGUGAGUUCCACUGACUACAGCCUUGUCUGCUGGUCGGGGGACUUCGAGGACAAGAACCUCUUGAUCUACACGGUGGAGGGUGGCCAGACCUUCCCUAUUGUUGAUUUCCACAGCGUCAUGACAAGAACGAAGAACCGUGAGCGCAUGUACUGCUGCACGCAGGAGCAUGGGCAGGACGUGUGUGCCUUUCGGAGAGAUGACAAGUGCUGGGAGAUGGAACGCGUGGUGGCGGCCAAUGAGCACCGUCUCCUCAUGCUGCAUCUCACGGGUGACGAAAUGCACCUCAUUGGCACCUUCAUGCUCGGCUUCCAGGUAUGGGAAGUAGUGAGCGGGAAGGUGUGGACGCUCAGGCUUCCCCACGGCAUCAGGAACAUUUCUACCCAGCUCCUCAAGUCCAACUCGUGCGUACUGUCCAAAGAGUACAAGUACGCGGUGGCGGGCGUGAGGAAGAACCUGUAUGUGUGGGAGCUGGAGAGCCAAGAGCUGCUGAAGGUGUUGGAUGCACACUUCGGCCGCAUCAUCGACAUGGUGGCCCUCGUGGUGGGCUCCUGGAACUCCGUCAUUACAUCCUCGCUGGACAGGACCGUCAAGGUGUGGAACAUCAACAACAUCUUCGAACAGGUUCAUGUGAUUGACCGCCACGAGCUACAGAUAGAUGAUAUAAGCCUGUCCCCGACCCGUCCACUGGCCGUCACCGUCACGAGGAACUGUGUGGGCAUUUGGAACCUGCGUCUUGGAAAGCUAGUGUGCAAGCUGGCUGACUCGCCUCUUGGGGCCAUCGUCACCCAUGCAGGCAUCACCAGGGAGUCCAGGUACAUCGUAUCCACCGAGUCCGGCAACGUGUUGAUCUGGAAUGUGCGAGCCGAGGCGGUGGUGUUCAAAGCAGAGCAAAAAAACGUACAACAAUUGCUGCUACUCGAUGACGAUACUAAGUUUGUUACGGUGUCCAAGGUGGCACUGGAAACGGGUGAACUCUCCUGCUACGUAGCCACUCGUUCCAUCCCGACGGGGGCUUUGGUCUACGAGCUGGAGUACCCGAUGCGCAGCUUUCGGCAGAUUGCAGUAACAGCAGAUGGCCUCUUCCUUGUCAUCCCCACCAUUGAAGGCAUCAAGGACGCACUGCUGGUAUGCCACGCCAAGACCGGCACUCUGGUACACAAGAUGCCCCUCAAGUACCCAAGCUUCAAGGACUUUCACCUGGUGGUGCCGCUGCCCAACAAGCCCACGCAAGUGGCGCUCAUAGACCAAGACAAGGGCAACAUCGUGGACAUCCGCUCCAAGAAAUUCGUCCGGUCCAUUCCUAAAUGGGGCGGCAAAGUGUCGCGGGACGGGCGCUACGGUCUAUACGCACCGGCCCGCGGCGGUCUCGAGUUGCUGGAGUUGCGCCAUGGCACUUCUGUCCGCACGCUGAUUCCUCGCGUGGCCGAGGGCGUGUUUUCUGUGAUAUGUCUCUUCACGCGUACGGACGAGUACGUCCUCUACUACCACGGUGGCCGCAAGACCAUCAGGGUGUUCAGGCUGACGGACGGGAAGAUGAUCGCUAACUACCGAGUACAGGCCGAGCUGACGGCCAUUGCAGGCAGCGAGGACGGGCGGACUAUCGUGCUGGGUACUGUAGACGGCUGCGUCUCCACCCUCACCAUCGCGGACCCCACGCGACAUGGCAUCAGGGACUACCUCGCUGACCUGCCUUCCAGGAACCUCAAGAAGUACGAAGAGGAGGAGGCGAAGCAAGGCCUGACACUACGGAAGGUCGUCACCAUGGUGAUGAUGACGAACAGGCUGCAGGGCCCCAGCGGCGACACCACCACCCGCUCCUCCUCUUCCUCCGGCAUAUCCUCGGAGGGAAGCAACAACUAAGGUUCUCGACGAAUUAGGUUCAAACCGACUGUGUGUGUGUGUGUGUGUGUGUGUGUGUGUGUGUGUGUGUGUGUGUGUGUGUGUGUGUUCUUAUACACAUUUUUGCCACUGGUGAUAGAGAAUCCUUGUUAAACUACAGUAUAAUUACCACCAUAAAACCACCACUGAAAACAACAAACUUCUACUAGAACUUGGUGAAAGUAUCCGAGAUGAGAUGCCGAAACGUUUCAGAGUAUGGUCCUUUCUGUCAGACAAUGGGGUUACAUACUAUUGUGUGUGUGUGUGUGUGUGUGUGUGUGUGUGUGUGUGUCAGUAACUGUUCUUACCUAAUUCUAUUCUUACUGGAUUAAGUCAAACUAGUCAUGACCAUAAAGAUUUUUAUGCCACACUGUCUCUUAUAGUAACUUGUUCUUAAAAUCACCAUUAUCUACUUGGAAAACUGUCCUUUGUUGUUUAUAAAAGUUUUAAGCUGUGGCCUCUUAUUGAAAGGUUUAAUUUUUUUUUUUAUCUUUCGUUUUAGUUAAGAUUUUCUUUUUAGUGACGUGCAUUUUGAAAAGCGGGCUCAGAAGUGUACAUGUAUUAUAGUAAAA